AUAGAGGUCAAAGCUCCCGAUGGAGAAAUCUACACCUUCCCCGUGUACACCUGGAUUGAUGACAAAAAGACACAUGUCUUCAGAGAGGGUCGAGCUUUGACAGUCGGGAUGGACAGCAGCCAAAUCGGCAAGGACAGUCGGGUGCAAGAACGUUAUGAACGAAAACAAGAAUAUGUCUGGAUGAAUUCUGAAAGGGGAUUACCUCUCCAUAUUGAGGCAAAAGACACAUCUCACUUGCCUUUGAAUGCCCAGUUCAUCGCAGGGAAGAAAGUAUUGAUGGGGAUUACUGCAGGAAAGAAAAUUAUUUGGUCAUAUGUGAGGAGCUGGUUUGAUUUUACUAAGUCAUGGACUAAUUUUGAUGAGAUCAGCACACUGAUGAACUACGAAGAGCAUGAAAUCCUGGACCAUGUCACAAAGAAAUGGAAGCAGGAUGCUUUUUUUGGCUACCAGUUUCUAAAUGGUCUCAAUCCCAUGUUGAUCCAAUGUUGCAAAAAGCUGCCUGACAACUUUCCUGUCUGUGACGAAAUACUCUCCGAGGAUUGGAAGGGCAGCUUGGCUCAGGAAAUGAAGAAAGGCAACAUAUUUCUGUGUGACUACAACCUUUUGGAUGCAAUAGAAACCAAAAAAAUCGGUGACAAAAAGGAUUACCUGGUGGCUCCACUUGUCCUGCUCCUUAAAACACCCGAUGAUGAGCUAAAGCCUAUUGCUAUUCAGCUGAAGCAGACGCCAGCAGCAGACAACCCGAUCUUCCUCCCUAAUGAUGGCGAUGACUGGUUACUCGCAAAAAUCUUUGUGAGAAGUGCAGAAUUUCAUUUGCAUCAGCUCAACUUUCAUCUGCUGCGCACUCACCUGCUGGCUGAGGUCUUCGCAGUGUCCCUGCUGCGCAACUUGCCGAUGGUGCAUCCUCUGUACAAGCUUCUUAUACCCCACACUCGCUACACUCUGCAUAUUAACGUCUUGGCUCGAAAUAAACUAAUAUCAACGGACGGUGUCUUCCCACAGAUUUCAGCUUCAGGUGAAAAUGGUAUGCUCCAAAUCCUGAGGAGAUCCCUGUCAUCACUGACAUACAAAUCCCUCUGUAUACAUGAUGACAUUAAAGAGCGUGGGAUGGAGAACAUUCCAAACUUUUACUACAGAGAUGAUGGAUGCAGACUGUGGGACAUUUUACAGAGCUAUGUUGAAGGAAUCCUGAACCUCUACUACAAGGACGACCAAGAGGUUAAAAACGAUACUGAACUGCAGAAGUGGAUAAGGGAGAUUUAUGCAAAUGGCUUCCUUCAACAACAAAGCUCAGGAAUCCCACAGAGAUUCAACACUGUGUCUGAGCUGGUCAAGUUCGUCACCAUGGUGAUCUUCACUGGCUCGGUCCAGCAUUCUGCUGUGAACUCUGGACAGUUUGACUUCGGUGGCUGGAUGCCGAACCUGCCAAGCACCAUGCGAUGUCCCCCACCGACCAAAAAGGGGAACGUAACUGAGGACACGAUAAUGGCCGCACUACCAGACAAAGUCACAACACGAAAAACCAUGGACACGUUGCUUUUGCUGACUCGGAAGUACAGUGACUUUCUCUGUUUUGGCAAAUACCCAGAAGAACAUUUCACUGAGAAAGAACCCCUUAAGCUGAUAGAGAAGUUCCAAGAAGACCUGACAAAGCUGAGUGAGGACAUCAAGGACAGAAACAAGAAACUGCCCAUACCAUACACCUACCUGGAUCCAGAAAAGGUGGAAAACAGUGUGGCCAUUUGAAAAUCAGAUGCUAAAACCUCCUUUUCUAUGAUGUUUUUUUUUUUUUUUUUUUUACCAAAUUCAGAUAUCAAUU